AUGCUGCCGCCGGGGCGCAACGGCACCGCGGAGCGGGCGCGGUUCCGGCAGCAGCAGCUGGCGCAGCCGGGCGCCGCGGGGGGCGCGGAGGGGGCGGCGCCGCUGGGGCCCGCGCAGGUGGUCACCGCCGGCCUCCUGACCCUGCUCAUCGUCUGGACCCUGCUGGGCAACGUGCUGGUGUGUGCGGCCAUCGUGCGCAGCCGCCACCUGCGCGCCAAGAUGACCAACGUCUUCAUCGUGUCCCUGGCUGUGUCCGACCUCUUCGUGGCGCUGCUGGUCAUGCCCUGGAAGGCAGUCGCCGAGGUGGCCGGUUACUGGCCCUUUGGGGCCUUCUGCGACAUCUGGGUGGCUUUUGACAUCAUGUGCUCCACCGCGUCCAUCCUGAAUCUGUGCGUCAUCAGCGUGGAUCGCUACUGGGCCAUCUCCAGGCCCUUCCGCUAUGAACGCAAGAUGACCCAGCGCGUGGCGUUGAUCAUGGUUGGCCUGGCCUGGUCCUUGUCCAUUCUUAUCUCCUUCAUCCCAGUUCAACUCCACUGGCACAGGGACAAGGCAGGCUCCUGGGGAGGGGUGGAACCGCCAUCCAGCCUGGCUAACGGGACACCCCGGGAGGAAGCGGGGGAGCCAGAGGUGAGGGCAGAAAACUGUGACUCCAGCCUGAAUCGAACUUACGCUAUCUCUUCGUCACUCAUCAGCUUCUACAUCCCUGUGGCCAUCAUGAUCGUGACCUACACGCGCAUCUACCGCAUCGCCCAGGUGCAGAUCCGCCGGAUUUCCUCCCUGGAGAGGGCGGCGGAGCACGCGCAGAGCUGCCGCAGUCGCGCGGCCUGUGCCCCGGACACCAGCCUGCGAACAUCCAUCAAGAAGGAGACCAAAGUCCUCAAGACUCUGUCGGUGAUCAUGGGGGUCUUCGUGUGCUGCUGGCUGCCCUUCUUCGUCCUUAACUGCAUGGUCCCCUUCUGCAGUGGACGCCCGGAGGGUCCUCGGGCUGGCUUUCCCUGUGUUAGUGAGACCACCUUCGACGUCUUCGUCUGGUUCGGCUGGGCCAACUCCUCCCUCAACCCCGUCAUCUACGCCUUCAACGCUGACUUCCGGAAGGUGUUUGCGCAGCUGCUGGGGUGCAGCAACCUCUGCUCCCGCACCGCAGUGGAGACCGUGAACAUCAGCAAUGAACUCAUCUCCUACAACCAGGACACCGUCUUCCACAAGGAGAUCGCAGCUGCCUACAUCCACAUGAUCCCCAACGCCGUGACCCCAGGGGACGGGGAGGCGGACAAGGAGGAGGAGAGCCCUUUUGAUCGUGUGUCCCAGAUCUCCCAGACGUCCCGGGAUGGUGACCCUGCUGCGGAGUCUGCUUGGGAGCUGGGCUGCGAGGGGGAGAUUUCGUUAGGCAAAAUAACGCCUCUCACCCCGGAUAGAUUCCAUUAA